AUGGAAUUUCCAUCGACAGAACCACAUCCAUUGGAUUUCCAAGAAGCACUCAAUCUUUGUGGUAUUGCCUUUUACUUUCUUUUGUUAUUUAGAAUGUCAGGAGGCUCUCGGUGUUGAGAAAAGAGCGAUCUCUGACGGGCAGAUUAGUGCUUCGUCACAGCUUGAUGCCAACCAUGAAGCCAGUCAGGGUAGAUUGAAUUUGAAAGGAUCGUGGUCAGCUUACGCUAAUGACGCUGACCAAUGGCUACAGAUUGAUUUAGGUACCAAUCCUGUCACUGUCACAUGGGUGGCAACGCAAGGAAUUAAUUUCCAGAGCCAGUGGGUAAUAAAUUACACGCUGACAUAUAGCGACGACGGUCUGAAUUUCCAGUUGUACAAACAACAGGGACAAAGUGAACACAAGGUUAGACACCCGCCACUGCAGACAUUUAUAUUGUGCGGAGUUUGUUACUUUUUUAAUGAAGUGAUUGUUGCUUGUCAAAAAAAAAAAAAAUUAGUAGAUACAGGAAAUAGCUGACCCGGCAAGGAAACAAAAUAAAGUUCAGUAAUCUGUUUCACUGAAUGUAACCCUUAAACCCAAAAAAGUUAUUAUCAAAGUAAUCAUCUUGUAAGUUUUGACAUCUUAUGCAUCGGUAGCCUGAAUUUCAUCCGAUUGCUUCGAGUCGUUUUCUCUUCUUAGCAACGUCUGAAUCGACCAGCCGUUUUUAUGCUGUCCAGUGACGUCACUAUGCUACCCGAAAACCGGGUAGUGAUUUUGAUUGAUUGAUUGUCUAAACAUUCGCAUAAUUUAUGCACAAUUAUGAGAAAUUUUAGCGAGAUUAUCGCUUAAUCCGGAUAUUCAGGGGAUCGCAUUGGUGGAACGCUUGCGUGGAGUUCAAACAUUUAGAUAAUAUUUAUCCGUGUAGUGCGCAAUUCAUUCAACCAAAAUUCCGAUCGGUCCGACCGGGAAAAGUGGUCCACCUCAAAAGGUGGACCAUUAAUUUCAAAACUUUUCCGGUUGGACCAAACCGAUCCAUUUCGGUUGAAUGGAUCGCGCCCGUAAACAGCAAAAUUGCCAUGGCUUGUCUUCGAAACUGAAUUGCUAGAUUGAACUGCGAAUGAAGAAUCAUUGCGGAAAGUCGGUAAGUUUUUCAUUUAGAACCGCUUUGUAGUUUCGGCAGUGAUUUUGUUUAUGCGAAGUUUCUGAGACCAAUGUCAUGUUGUCAUUCGACCUUCUUGCUAUUUUCACCGUCAAGUGUAAUGAUUCUGUUAGCUUUUCUUUCUUGUUUCCUUGUUUUCUUUUUUUAUUCGUUAAGGACCAAAUAGCUUCUUUUCAAUUAAAGGAAAUUGUUGUGUUUUUUAACUAAGUGUUCCGUGUGUGUAUAUAUUUCAUGGCGUGAUUGCGACCGAGUUUGAAUUACAACUGGUUCAGAGUACUGCAUGCAGUUGAUAGUUUGUACGUUAAAUAUGAAUUACCAUCGAAAAAAGUAAAGCAAUUCUGUCAGCUGUUCUGUAUCAUGUAGACAUUUCUUGCCUGAAUUACAACAAUGGAGCAGUGACGUCACUGGACGGUAUUAACGGCCAGUCGUUUUAGACGUUACUGAGGGAGUAAUAACGACUCGAAGUAAUCGGAUGAAAUUCAGGAUAGUGCAUCGGUUACCCCUUCAUUGGUGAAGUGUACUUUGAUCUUCGUCAUUUCGUCACCAUACUUAAUCUCCUCAUUCAACUCCCUCUGAGGAGUCAGUCGGGAUGAGUGGGGCUGAAAAAAGUUUCCAGCAUUAAGCAAACAAGAUGAUAGGGAUCAUUUGGGGUAAGGAAAAUUUGUGGUCCAUUUUAGCCAUCCUUUUGCUUUAGGGGUGUUGUGGUCGGGGCUCAUUUGCGGUAGUGUACAGUUCCCCAAAAUAAUUUUGAAUUUCACUCUGUUUUCUAAACGUAAUUUUAAUUAACAUGUUCCCGAAAAUUCAAUGUUGUCAGCUUUCUGAAGUUUCAAGCACAUAGAGUUGUAAUGGGGGUCAGGCCUAACCGGUUGCGGAACCUGAAAAGGUAUCCGGGCAAAGCGUAAAGAAAAAAUAGUCAGCAGUUCUUUGGAAGGAAGAAAACGACUUCAGGCCCCAGUCUACUCGCAACCAAGUAACAACCAACUGCAAAAGACCAGAGAAGCAGCAAAAUUGUGGAACAAUAGAAGUCUAAAAGCAAAAGCUUAUUAAAAUGAUAUUAUUUUAAACUAGAAAAUCAAUGUCCCCCUGUUACUGGAAAGACUCAGCCGUUGACCUGUUCCCUAGACGCCAUUUCAGGAUACCUCUUCAGUGUUUUCUAGAAGUAAAUGGUCAAGGUCUCUUGUUCCCCAAAACCUCUGCCGGCCAGAUACUCAAAUUUCAUGUUCAUAGUGUUUGUUUUAAAAACAAUCCAACAGCUUUCAUCCGUAUUAGAGCUUACGUCUAGGUGUGCAGGGACCAAGGGUGUUAUGAAAUUCAGUGCCUAGCGACACAAAAUGUCACCCUCCGAUUGUGAAUGGCAGUCAAAUGGAGCCAAAACCGCUACUAAUUGUCCAUCUAACUACUGUUUUUGUUUUGUUUUUUUUUGUUUUUUUGGCGUGCUUCAGGUGUUUGUUGGCAACACAGACGAGAAUACUACCGUUUAUAACGAACUCAAUGAACCGAUUGUAGCACGCUACACACGUUUUCAACCAACAGCUUGGCAUAGCCACAUAUCAAUGAGGGUGGAACUAUAUGGCUGCAAAGGUACCUUUUUUUUGGUAACAUCCUUCUUUUAUGGAAUUCGGAAAAAAUACAAACAAAUCCUUGCUUAAUUUAUCACUUUUGGCGGCCUUUACUACUUUACUGCUAAUAUUAAUAUUUACAUUUACCGUCAUGGCGUUUCUUGACCGCUGAAAAAACCUAUUGAAGAAACCUUUAAUUCUGAUACUUUGACUUCGGCGUGACUUCAUAGAAUGCCCAAGAUAGAAAAGAAGGAAUUCAUGACACACGUUGUUCCUAUGCAUUGUGGAGACCCUUUGGGGAAACAACAAACAAUAACAAACACACAAAAAUAAAGUUCAGACGAAGUAAGGGCCUGUUUACAUGGAGGUGGGGGACCCCAGGUACGUGAGGUAACCCGCUUUGGUGGGUAACCCGCCUGUCCACAUAAUCUCUCAUUUUAAUUUGAUCCCGUUUACAUGAUAGGUGGGGUGACCCGCCGCAUGUUACCUCACCUAUCUGGGAUCCCCCAUCUCCAUGUAAGCAGGCCCUAAGAGAUAUUUCAUAUCACAGCUUUGUUAUGGAGCGUUGCUCUCAGAAGCGUUGAGUCUCGCUUGCUUGGAGAUAAGAUAACAAAUGAGGAGGCGAUUAGACCGCAAGCGAUGGUCUUUCUUUCCUAAGGGCCACGCUCGGCGGGCAAAAAAGUAAAAUUAUGCUCUCGACCUACUAUGACUCAAAAUAAAAAUACGAGACUGCUCACAGUCUAGGAGGCGAUUAAUUCUGCACGAAACAAGAUUUAGCGACGACCGGAAAUACGUUGCCGGUGGCAGGCUAUACGCGUGUAUAAAUUACACCAAAAUCAAGGGCCUUGAUUCGGGGAAAAUUACAUCAUUGCCAAACAGCCAAAAAUAAACCGCAUGCUCACCAAAAGACUCAUUUGCAUACAAUGAAAGUUUACAACACCCAACAUCCUCAUCCCUCAAAAAAUGGGUGGGGCGGGAAAAGGCCCUGGCAUCGGCUGGUCACGUGUCCCCUCGUACACCCUAAAAUCCUGGGUGUAAUAAAUUAGCGCUAUGUAAAAAGCUAAAAUUAUGCGUAACCUCACAGCGCGCGAUCUUGGGCGACCUUUUAUAUAUUUCUUGACGAUAAACGAAAAGUUUUACAAGAUUUCCUUUUUGUCACAGAUACUGGCUAUGGUAAUUUUUUGCUUUCCUCCGAUUUCUAUGAAGGGGAAAGCGAGUAACAUUUGUAAAACUUCUGCUUAUAGAGCGGUAAAAAUGACAAACAAGCUAUCGUACAUGCAUAAAGGUUGUACUUUUGGAAAGUCCGCUUUCUCGACUCUUCUCACAUUUUAUUUCAUUUCCUGCGAAGUGGGCCGCCGUACAGAGCCUAGCUCUAUUCACCUUAACUCUCGGCCAUAUCAUAGCGACACUCGUUGUAUGACCCGUAUUUUAAAAAAAUUCAUUGACCUCUGCGAACAAACGACUGGCAACAAGGAAAGACUUGGGUCCAUUUAAAAUCGAUGAGAGCUCUAGUUGAUUCCAAUCGAUCAAUCAAUCUUCCCUUAUAAUAUGAGGAAAAUCCUUUGUACUUAUCCUCGAAAGAGAAAAUAUAUAAGAGGUCUUCAAAUGUUUCACACCGGCGACCUGUUAUCGUCCCUGGCUGGAGGGCUGACUUGCAUCCGGCGCGGAGAUUUGUUUGUUUCAUGGUCCGGUUGUAGAGAAGACCAGACUCCAUAAAGCAUUUUGAUGAACAAUUUUAUUUCAAUUAAGUUCAACUUUUUUAAAUUCACUGUAGAUCUUGGAGGUAAAGGCCCGCAUUUUUGUUUGACAUUGGACAAAAUCACUUUCCGCUUGAUCGUACAGUAAUUCCACAGUCACGAUGAAGUUGAGAUGAAGUACUAGUUGAUAACAGCUUGUCUCAACUCUGAAGCAUUUGGCAUAUUUUGUACGUGACAACGUAGAGCCGGUACACCCUUACAUAAACUUCUAGUAUUUGAAUAAUGCGCAGUUAAAUGGAUCUUAAGCUUUUGAAUCGCACACACGCGGAAAAUUGACAUUUGACACAGAAAAAAAUUGACACAGUUCGCGAUGUUAUUAUUUUCCAUUGUUACUCCCUUCUGUCAGUGAAAAACCAGUGGGUUGCAUAUAAAUUAGCUUCUCAGGAAUAUUUAGGCUGUACACGUGACCAGCCGAUGCCAGGGCCUUUUCCCGCCCCACCCAUUUUUUGAGAGAAAAGCCCUGGGGAGGAGGUUGAACACCCAAACCAGUUAGCCUCACCAUCAAAGUUUUGCUAAUUAAUUUUUCUUUUUUUUCGACCAUUGAAGUGUUCACUUUUUCUAAAGUAAUCAACGCUUUCAAGCAAUAGAAUUCGUGGACCUACUCGUUCCGGAAAAGCUCUAAGCCGCAUUAUUCUUUCCUAAGCUUUCUUCGCAAAACAUGCAUGGCUUCGGUUACACAACCGUUCUUAUUUCCAGUUUCCAAGGUCUCCGCUAGGAACGCCUGGGAACAUGAUCUGCCUUUUGUGUCCUGAAUACGAAGGAAAAAAAACGGCUUGCACAUCUUAUGAGUCUCGCUGCUUGCGCAAGCGAGAAAAAAAAACGUGUUGCACGUGCAAAGCUGUUGUCCUGCUAAUACUAUCAGCAGCUGCUAAUACUAUUAGCAGCUGUUGUCCUCGUGCGACUCUUACGCUUCUUUCGUGCUUAGCAACCUCCCGCGUGCAUCCAUAACUCUAUGGUUGCAUGCUGCACGUUUACCAUUUCUUAUUAUAUAAAAACCUUCUGCUUCUUUGCCCCUCUCGUUGCUUUUUUUGCGUAACCGAGAAACGUCAGCCAUUUUUCUUGUUGUUGUAAUUAUUCCGUUUUAUGCUCCCCGAAGCAUUAAGAGAAAUAAUGAAAAAAAAAAUUGUAAUAAAAGAUUACACGCGAUUCUACGUAUUCGUAUCCCAGAAUAAGGUUGAUCGAAGAAUCCUAAACAGCUGCCCUAACCCCACCACUCCUUACUCAAUAUACAGUAUACAGUACUUACAUCUUCAAUAAAAACGUCAUUCGUAGGCUGUUAAAGAUGUUGAAUUUACAUUUACUGUGGCGUUUCGUGACCACUGGACCUUAAAAACUGGUUUCUUGUGUUUAAAGAAUUGCGUACCUUCUUGAUAAGUUGGCCAGGUAAAUUGCUUGUUAAGGCCUUGGGUGAAGCUGUUCCUGUUAACACUAUUCCGAGCUGGCGGCCCAGCCAAUAUAAUGUCCCCCUUAAAAUCGCCAGCACGAGUAGUAUGAAUAUAACAACGUGAAUUCUUUAGGUCUGAUUCAUUAUAUUUCCUAUUGAAGAAACCUUUAAGCUUGAUGCUUUGGCUUCUGCGUGACUUCAUAGAACUGGCCCAAGAUAGAAAAUAAGGAAUUAAUGACACACGUCGUUCCUAUGCAUUGUGGGGAUCCUUUGGGAAAACAAUAAAUAACAUACAAGCAAAAACAAAGUUCAGACGAACUAAAUUAACUAAGAAAUAUUUCAUCUCAAAGCUUUGCUGUUGAGCGUAUACAUGCCUUUUUUCGGUCUCAGUUAAAGAGUCCUAAGUUUACGUAAAAUGCUUAUGGUUCUAAACAUUAUAAACGGAAACGGAAGACCGAAGUAUAAUGAAAUCAGAGAAGCUUAUUAUUACAGGUUUGUUUGAUAUCGCCAUAUAUUUUUACUGUUGGAAUGAACUUGUACGUUUUGUUAGGAAAACCCGUAUACCGCCGCUGGUUUCUAGAUGGCAGUGAUCCAGAUGUGAGGUUAGUGGGGUUAUAUGUCUCUAGUUUGUUCAAUGUUGGGGUGAGGCGAGGGGGGGGGGGGGGGGCCGAGGCUUGGCUUUUUAUGCCUUACCCCUACUUUCGUAUUUCAAAAGAUUUUAUACGACAACGACUUCCCUUCUUAGUUCUCUCUAACUCUUAAAUAAAUCUUGAGAUUCACCAUUGUCUCUUUCAUGAUGACAUCCAGGUUUCAGCAUCGCCACAAAACUUAUGCAUUUGCAUUUCUGACUGCUGCAGGUGGCAUUACACUCAUAGCGAUGACUGGUUAAUUUUUGUCUCAUAACUUAGGAUUCGAGGGUAAAAUAGUGCCUUGCAUGUUCCUAUGACAGGUAAUUCUUUUAUUCACAGCUAGAUUCUAUUCAUUGGUUUUUGUUAUCUUACAGGUAUUUUGGUACCGUUAACCAUACUGAAGGCUGGUGUCCCGGAAGCAAAGCGGCCAUUUUCAGUCAGAAUGGUUCCUAUGCUACUGUCCCUAACAUUAACAUAACAACCUGUGACUUUACAAUUGCAUUUUGGGUAAAGUAUAUUGGUGUUCACGGGCCUAUAAUGGCGCUUUGGUCAAAGGGUGGAAAACUAUUUUACGUGACGGUCAAGAAUUCCCGACUCAUUCUAUCGAUACACAACACUUUCCACUUACAAAUCAAUUACUGGAAUCACGUAGCAGUAACCUGUCAGCUGCAUAAGAUCAAGGUGUUCGUUAAUGGUACGGAGGAGGCACUGAUAGACCAAUGGAAUGAGUAUUUCUUCUCAUCGUUAGGCCGUUAUCAGCCAGAGUACAUCAUAGGGCCAGAGUACAUCAUAGGGAAUGAUCCGGGUUUAGUCCGGAUGCCAAUGGCAAAUGGGGUGUUUGUUGGAGCAGUCAUGGAUCUUUACGUGACUGGAAAAGCUUUUUCCGUGAAGCAGAUUGGUGACUUAAUCAAAGGCAAGAGUAGUAUCUAAAAAAAUGCACUUAAUUAUUUGAGUGUUGAUAUCUUUAGUACGAAAGUACUAAUUGGGGACACUAUUUUUAUUUUGCCAUUUGCCGACGUUACGACGUCGGACAUCGAGGAGGCAGCACCAGAGAAAUCACUUACUGACUUGAGUGACAAUGAGAUUGAAACUGAAAUUGAAAUUGAAUAAUUACUAAUAAGAGACUUCCCCGAAGGAGUUUUCUUCAGAGUAUUUUACAGAAACCUGGCUUUGUUACAUCUUCAUUGCCAUUUAUUGUUUUGUUCCAAAAUAAACAUACUAAACUUGCUGAAAAUGGUGAAAAUUUAGUAAGGGCCUAGCUUCGAGUAAACGCCCUCCUCGAAUAAGCGCCCACUGUCAAGUUUCAAAAAUUAAUUACAGGCAAAUUUAAGUAACAAAAUCAAUUUUUUGUGUGCUUAUUGUCACAUUCAAGGGACCUCGGUCUCGCAGGAAUUAACCAAGAACUCUUUUUAAAGGACUCAACGCAUGCGCAUAAUUAUAUCAGUUAUUUAAGAUGGCGUCGGUGAGCUGGUUGUUAAUUGUUCGAGUUUAAUAAGUUGUUAGAUAGUUUUGUAGGUUUCGUAGUGUACCUUUUUACAUUCAUCUAUCACUGCAAAAAAAUCGGUGGAAAUCACUAAAUAAUCAUAGUAUUAUUCUCAUUAUUUAAAGGCAAACCAAUUACACCCGUGAUAAACAACAAAGAGUCGGAAAUACAUGGUUGCAAAGUCAAUGUAACGUGGAGUAGAAAAGAAAUAUGCACCAUAACGAAGAGCACUGUACGGUAUAGGGAGAUAAAGCCACUAGGCAAUGAAGCUGAAUGGGGAGAAUUAACGGUUCCUGCUACCACCUUUCGUCUUUUACCUCUGGAAUGCGACAAGGGGUAUGAAAUUGGAGUGUCUUCCUGGUUUGGAGAAGUUCAAAGCGACUGGUCAGUUUCUUGGAAAUUUAAAACCCACUCUGAAGGUGCGACAUUACCUUAUGUAUGUCCAAUAGCUGAUAGGGAUUUGGUAUAGACACUAAACCAUAAUCACUCAAACCUCUGCGAACGCCCAUAAACUGUACACUUCUAGAGAAGCUGGCACCCGCUUCUGCUCCCUCAGAAGCAAGCCACGUAGACAGUAAAACAAACGACGACGGAAUUUACCACAUGAAAGUCUUUAGAUGUUUCAAGAACAGCAACAAAAAUGAACAGAUAAGCCUCCGCUUAUGGGAAGCUAAUCUGUAAUUUUCAUACUUUUAGCGAUCGUUCUCCUUCAAAUAGCCUGUCAUGUUUACAUUUUUCAUGGCCAUCUCGAUCGUUCAACGAUCGUUCUGUUUUCAAAGAUAUUACAGAGAUGACGUCAAUGCAAUAAUUCACAUUGUUGACAGGAGAAAUUAUUGUUUUUUUGGUUCAUUUUGUUACGUUUCGUUUCGUUUUGUUUUUUUUGUUUAUUUUUUCCUUUGUAGAGGAAAUUCUAAAGAAAGAUUUGACGGACGAAAAUUGUCAUAUGAUUAUCAUUUGCCUUUUUCCUGGAAAAAUAACUUAAUUUGGAAAGUUCUGGAAGCUGCUCAAAAUUAGAGGAUAUGGUGACUGAGAAAUAGCUUCUUUGAUUUAAUUUCCUCGUGUAAGGAAAUACGUCUUUCAUCUGCUCUAGUAAACCUUUUCAUGAGGAGAGCCCCGGGAGCUUCAGCAGCUACGACGGCGACAGCGGCGAAAACGUCACUUAAAAACCGAACUCACGCUUUUUCAAACUUUAUCGCUUUUACUUCGGGUCCAUUUCGUUUAAGUUGCGAAAUGUUGGCCGAUAUUCAUAAGGGUUAAAUUCUAAAGAAUUGUAUAUCAGCUUGGAAAAGAAAAUCGCUCUCAUGUGUUCAAAUCCACAUAAACGUAAAACUUGGCAGUCUCACGCCGUGGUCGUAUAAUGACGGCGAAGAACCGGAACGUUACUAAAACGGAGAAAGGAAGGCAGAGAACGAGAGCAAGCUAAGGGGAAAGGGAAAAUGAAAAGUGGGGGACAAACAGAGAAUUGGAAAUGAAUUUACGGAGUGGGCUAGGGUUGAAGUUAGGUUUUGUUCCCAUUUUUCAUUUUCCUGUUCCCCGUGCUCGUUCACUGUUUUAGUAACAUUCCGGAGAACUGUAUAAAAAUGAGUGUUGCACGUGCAAAGUUGUUGUUCUGCUAAUACCGCUGACAAACCAAAUGCGUUCAAGUUUUUGCCCUUCUCGUUGCCUUUUCGCUUCACCGAAAACGUCUGCCAUUACUCUUGUUAUUGUAAUUAUUCUGAUUUACGCUCUCCGAAAUAUAAUAGGAAUGAUAAGAACAAUAAAAAAACAUAAAAUUAUACGCCAUUCGUAUAUAUUUGUAUUCCAGAAUAAGGUUAAUCGAACGAAUCCUAAACAGGCGCCCUAAUCCUGAAUAUACGUACGUUACAUUCAGGGUAACUAGAAUCAUCCAAAAAUACCGCUUUUUUAUAGCGAAAGCUAACAACUCUCCUCAUACAUCAUAGCAAUCAUGCCGCCAAACAAGCAGCUAGUCGAUUAUUUACAUAAGCUUACUUCUUCACGCGAUCGUACGAAAUGAUCUGCCGGCACUCAGCAACUGAACUGACCCGUAGUUCUCUUAAACCCGUAGUACACGCUCUAGCUUAUCAUUUUCUUUAACUUCUUCUUACUUUUUUAACCAUUCUUCAACAGCCAAGGGUUCAUCGUCAUAUACCAUGUAAUUUUCCAGGCUUUCAAAUUCUGAAGAACGAAGUGAUCCCUUUCAAAGAAGAGCUCCCAUCUCUUAAAUAAGUCGCCCCGGGUGCUACUUAAAUAUUAAAGCUACUUUUUCAAUGAUGUGUGUAACUGUUACAGUUCUUAGCAUUAACGAUUGCUAAUGAUCCUACAGGAGGCUCCCCUAUCGCCAAAAAUGAUACUGCAAAGAUUGCCUGGAUAAUGCUGGGAGUUUCCGUGGCUCUCUCUGCUGUGGUGGUGGGGAUAAUUGUCUGCCGUAAGAGAGCAAAGAGGAAUGAUAAACGGUAUUUCAUUCAAAUGAUAAUAUCACUCAAAUUUAGAAUAUUAUUCUUUGUUGCUGAAUUGUUCCAUGAUAAAGUGUCUGGGCAUGUCUAUCUGGUGUCGUACUCACUCCCAAGCCACAACUGACCUUUCUUACAGGCCAAGGCAGUGUAACUUUUGACUAAAUUUUAUCAGCUAGGAAGCCGUCCCUGAUUUAAGCGCUACCACAAGCCCAUGAUUAAUUACGAGAAAUUUCAUUGACAUUUAAUUUGCACUUUGAUCCAGUGAGUCUGACAUUGCUGAGUUUAUGUUGCUGGAAGUCCCACACGAGCGGGUUACUAUCAUGGAGGAACUGGGACGAGGCGCUUUUGGAAGAGUUUAUAAGAGCGUGAUGAGGGGGCUACCUGAAAAGAAUACAUCCUCGAAACCCAAGGAUCAUAGUUUGGAUUCGCAUGAGGGACGUAUUGUUGCUACAAAAGUUCUACCAGGUGCGUGAAUGCAGAGUAUGGCAAAAAGAUAACUUACUCUUUCAGCAAACGCUAUUCACGGGAGUGAUUCUUAUUAAUAACAGGCAAGAGAGCCUCUCUUGUAACAGGUUUGAAUUAUUUAAUCCAAUAGAUGGCAAACAUUAUAUCGUGGAAAACAGCAUGUCAAUGCCCCAGUUGGUAACAGUGUGAUGUACCUGAGAGGCCCAUUUUAAAUCCUUAAAUUUUGUUUUCUACUUAUAUUAAUUAAUGACCUCCCUGAAUGUUUGCAAUUCACCACACCAUUUGCAAUGAAUAAAUUACUGUAGACAUAAAAACCUUCAGUGAGAUCAGAACGUUGAUAAGGUGUGCUCCAAGGUUAGUCGUGUUAUAAGUGGUCUUAGACAAAUUCGAGAUUAUGUCACAUUAAAUGUACUAAAAAGAAUAUAGCACUUAAAUCGAUGCCCGUGUUCAAGCGAAAACCGAGCGGACACCUUUUAACAAAACCACACAGAUAUAAAAAAUGCAAAACAGAGCAGGCUGCAUGAUCACUUCUCAGGGCUGUGACAUGAUAACAGAUUAAUCUUUUUAAACCAAUUCAAAAUGUUAGUGCAUGCCUUCGUAAUGUGUAGAUUGGUCGUUCUCUCAGGGGCACUUAUUAACGUCAAUAUUCGGAAAUUAUCUGUUCGGAAGAUGAUUUGAGAUCUAGAAUUUUCGGAACAUUUGUUGUAAAAUUUCUUGCUUGCCUGCCUCUCCUAGGAUUUUCCAACUUUUAAAGAAUGGUAUAAUUGCCCAUUUUUAACGCAUUUUUCCCUAAAAAGGUCACCUAGAAUUUUCGAGAACCUUUUUCCUGGUUUAAAUUUUCGAAAAGGUAAGUUUUGAUCCCUAUAAUUUUCGGAACACUAGUCAAGGCUCUCAGCUAGGAAAUCGGGACAGAUGAAAUAUUUUUAAGAGAUAAAAAUAUGCCUAUAUCUACUGUUUAAAUACUAAAUACGCUUAACAAUGCUAUGUUUAAAUGGUUUUGAACUAUAUCCUCGUUGGGUGCCCCUAGUUCUCUUAUGUAAUCUUUCGAAAUACGUUAUUUACAUGUUUCAGUCAUCACUUGAGAACUUUAUCUGAUCGUAUGUGGUUGCAAAUAUGACCAGGUUAUUGCUUUACUUACUAGAGAACUACAUUCAUUUGGCUUCCCUUGGAGCACGAGUAGCGGAAUUUUAAAUUAUUUAUGUCCCUUCCAUAUUCAUCAUUUGUUUCAAACUUACAAAACUGUUAGGAGUUCACGAUCAUCAACCAUGAACUUGUUAAUUAAUGACACUCAGAUCAAGGCUAAAAUUUUAUCAGGCGAUAAUGCUUUUUUCGUUUUGUCCCUAAACUUUGCAAUGAUUCUCCAUAGCAUAUAGAAUGUAAAAUGGAGUUUGAAUAUUCGUUCCUCUGAGAGCAAUCUUAGUAAAAGCUUUAAAAACCUUUAAGCGUUAUUUUUAUUUCGUAGUUUUGUUUAACAAUUUUUUUUUUAUUUUUUAAUGUUACGAGUUACUGCUUUCUAGUUGUUUAAGUUGAAAACAUUUAUUGUAAAGCGCCUUGGAGCUUGAUGAUGAUAAUGAUGAUGACAACAGUGAGCCGAAAACCCUUCAUGAGACCCAUCUACAAAAGCAUACUAGGAUGUCCCUGUCUAUGCAGAGUCAGUGGAAGUGAGCCAAUUGGAUAGAUACGUUAGGAUUACAAAAUUAAUGUACACUCAAGGAACUCAAGGAAAGUCAUAUUAUUGGAGAUGAAGAGCCCCUGGGUCGAGAAUAGGGAAGCAAUUAAAGAACACAAAACGUGGCGUCUAGAAUUAAAGAAACAAGUUUCCGGACUAAAAGAUCAUCCAGCAUUACAUCAUGUUACAUGUCGUGCUUGGUGAUCGCUAGAUAAAGAGAACUAACGGUUUUUCUUUGAGACUUUGUUUUAUCUACGUCACUUAACUUAGGGAACCAAUUAUUUAACAAAUAGAUUUUUUCUCAAGCAGAAAUUAGGACCUGAGCCAUUGACUGUGUUUUAUUUUCAUAGGUUAAGUGUACUUUCAUUUUAAUUAGUUCUUUUUAUCUUUACAUCUGGUUUUAGUUGUUUAGUACUAACUGAUAUCGUGUAGCAUUUACGUAGGUCACGGUUACUGGAUUUGUUUUCAAUGUCUUUCCUUUUCUUCAGAAAAUGCCACGGAGGAGGAAAAACGGCAGUUAGUUCGAGAAAUUGAGCUGAUGAAGGAAGUCGGAACACACCGUAAUAUUGUGAGCAUGCUCGGGUACUGGAUCCAAUCACAUCCCAUCAUGUUAAUCAUGGAAUAUGUUCCAAACGGAGAUCUUCUUCAGUGGCUCAGAAACAAAAGGCAACAGGUAUCAUUACUUUAUCAGCUGUGUCAAUAAAAAUUUGCUGCCCUCUUUUUUGCUCUUUGUUUAAAAAAUACCUGCUCUCCAUUCGCAAUAGUGCUGCGCACAGGUAUUAUUUAUAGAACUCAAACUCAGACAAACAAAUUCCUUAUUUCUGUUUGUCUUUUUGCCAUUAAAAUGUCAAGUUUCUCUGACUUUUGUCAUAAAAAAAAAAACAAAAAUGGCAGAUUUCAUAAAAACAUUGCAAAGUAGUCACUCUGACGUCAUUAGUAUUCUGUGCUGCACUUUAAUUUUCUAAUGAUGAUCCUGCUGCGUGUGUUUUUUUCUUACAUUGUGUGGUCUCUUAAGGAGCUUUAAGGCAGAAGGAAAAUCCUCUAUCUCAUCACACGUCUAAGAACCAUCGUCUUCGUUAAAAAUAACAAGAUGCUAACCAACUUGAUAUGAGAAUUUGUACAUGUUACCUAUAAUUCAAGUUCUCAAAGACAGAGGUUCACUUAAAAAUGUAGGUAUAAAUGCAACCGGACAUUUGUAUUUUCCCAAACGCGGUUUAUACAGCCAGACUGUUUAGAUGCUAUUCAUGUAUUCGUUAAACAAAGAUCGGUAAAUACACAAAAAUAUGUGUUCAUAGAGUCAGUAAAGUUAAGCUUGCCCCGGUAGGAUCAGUUAAGGUUUCCGGGAAACUGCCCACCUAUGCCUCCCCUAAGCCACAUUUUACCUAAGUGAGAAGGUAGUGUUGAUGUUGUCUUUGGGGAGGGGUAGGUUGUGAGAAAAGAAAAAAAACUUGAAGUUUUGAGCGUUUCCCCCAGGGGGUAAUCCCACCCGAUAGGAUGAGGAUCUCCAUCCUUAAAUAUGGUAUCCUUGUUGCCCUUAUUGGCGCAGUGUUGCCGAUAGGGUACCGUUAUUCUAUCAGGUAAAAUUCACAUUCGUUAAUGCCUAACACACGAGAAACAAAUCAUAGAUCUGUUAGAACUGAACUUUACCCUUGAACUGAUUAUAUUAGGAGCGCGAUUUAAGGAAGUUUUUUUCUGUUUCCAUUAAUUCUUAGGUUUUGUUUUUCUUAAACUGGGCCUCAUUUUCCACGUUUGGGUCUUGAAUAGGAUAUUGAUUUUCGCUUGUCUCAACUAUUCGAAAUUUUUUAGAGUACCCCAGGUGGGCGUUAACCUUUUCUGGUCAGAAUGAAUCACAGGAUUACUAAUAGUGGAGCUACGCUAUUGUUUGAGCAUGGUAACAAGACAAGAAUAGUUUACUUCAACGAACGCGUUUCAUUCUGGUAAUUUACUUAUUUUUUUAACAUUUUCCCAUGUAUUCACCGUAAUUGAGCUCCGACAUUUGAUAAACCGUUCUUGAUUCGAGCUGACAAAGGGCUUCCAUUCAAAAUGCCCGUCAGCUUUUCGAUCCACGGUCUUUCAUUGGUGGCAAGAUGAGUUAUUCAAAUCAGUUGAUUACAUCAGAGUUUUUCUUUUUACCCUCCGACCGACGUAGUAGAAAAGUGUCUUUAAAAAAAACAUCAAAAUAUUUUGGUGGAGACAUUGAUUGUCCUUCCCGUAAGCCCUGUACGAGAUAUGACGUCACAAGUGGCAUUAGGUCAAACCUAAUAUCAAGAAGCACACGUCUCGUUUUUGGGACUGUGUAUCUUAAAAUGUCAUAGAAAAUUGUAACAAAGCAGAAGAAAAGCUUUGUUUCUAUUGCAGUUUAAUCCAUUUGAAUUUUCCGUGGACGAUUUAAAGAAAGUUGGCCCAUAAGGUAUUCCAGGCUGGAUUUUUAGUUUAACGUCGGUUAAGUAAUCUUUCAAUUCACAUGGAUUCCUUUUAAAUGGGUAAAAAUAUUUCGGCUAACCAACUGAUAGUGUUGAAAUUGUUUCUGCUGACAAAACCGUUUCAUGAUCAGACGGAAUUCAUUUCAAUAUUUUUUUGCAGCUUACAAUGAAAACGAGUCGCCAAAGUGAUGUCGUUGAAAGGCUCAAGCCUCCUGUUCCUGAGAGGCCGAAAUUGGUGUCCAAGAACCUGCAAACAAAAGAUGUCCUGGAUGAAAACCUGAAAGAGGAGAACAGGGGAAAAAAGAAUGAAGAAAGUGGAAAAGACGGUGGUUGGCAUUCCAACGGGGCGAAGGAAAUUAAAAUCGACCUGGACGACGUUGAAAGAGGAAUUCCAAUCAACGAUGCUCCUCGACGUGAGAUGGAACCUUCUUGCUUAAACCAGGGUUACGAAGAUGACAAGGAGGACGAAGAAAGUGACGAUGUCAACACGUCAUUUCAACAAAAUGAAGGGCGAAAGGAGUCGGUUACGUCGGUGAUGGUGUUACCUUCGAUCAGUAUUGCCCAUUUCUCCAAAGAAAAAGAGCUUACUCCCGCUGAGCCUUUAAGAAACGUCGAAGAAAAGAUUACCAUCGAGAAAGAAGAAGGCAACUGUGAGGGCAAGGAAGAUGAUGAAGAAGACAUUUCUGGGAAAGAAGUUCUAUGUUAUGCGUGGCAGAUUGCUAAAGGGAUGGUAAGAACUUUUUCGACUGAAGAAUGUCUUUUGCAAUUUAAUCAUCGUUUGCAAAUCACAAAAAUCUGCCUCUUCCCCGUAUUUAAAGUAGUUUACUACUAGUUUUUCUGUGUCUGCAAGUAUUAUGCUAUCCGGUCAUGAGACGGCAGAUUUUUCAAGCAUUCAAAUUGCUGCGUCAAUUAUAACAGACCAUCAGUAGGGCUAACUACUAUCUUGCUGAAUUUUUCGUGAAACAUAGCACACAUAAAAUUGAACCGUUUGAUUUUAAAAAAAGGUCAAAAACGAGGUUUUUUUUUAAUAGCCCGAGAAGCCUAAAAAUCACAUGAAGCCGUCGCGAAGGUACCUAUUGAAAAAUCAGGUCUGUUCGUAUUUUCGAAAAGGUGUCCAAUGAAUACAGCCAUAUGACCUGAAUAAGGCUAAACUAUCUGUUAUUUAAUUUGAAUCGUACGUACAAGCCUGACAUUCAGGGACGUUGCCAGCUUUUUGGCUAGUUGUAGGCCUGGCUGACUUUCAUUUCCACAUAUCCUGAAAAUUGUACGCAUGACCAGUACGCACUGACCUCACCAACAAUUUGAGCUCUUGUGCUUUUUCAGCUGACUCCAACAACGCAUAAUUUGUUACAAGCCGUAGAGUGAUCAAACCAAAAAUUUAAAGGCCCGGGCCUACAGGGCUGUGCGCUGGCUACGCCCCUGAGAAAAGAAGGGAAGUAGAGGAAAGAAAAAGUAAUGAUUAAAUUUGUUUUCGGGACUGGAAGACUGAGCAGCAAGGACUUUCUAGUAAAAUACUCACGUAAUCUGAAUCUUGGAAAGCACAAUAAACGGUCUGCAAGUGGAACUGAUGAUUGAAGCUAAGGGAUUGCUUUUUGUAAACGGCAACCAUGAUGGUAUUUGCUAACUAUUGUAAGCUCAAUUGAUAUACCGUAAAAUUCCGAAAAUAAGCCACGGGGCUUAUAGUUUUCAAAGGCCUUUUUGAGGGGCUUAUUUUUGGAGGGGCUCAUCUAUGGAGGGAAAUUUGUGUUUCAAAAUCGAUUGGGCUAGCCUUAUAGUUGGAAGGAAAUUUCCAAGUACAAGCUUCCCGGGGGGCUUAUAUAUGGAGGGGCGAUUUAACGGAGGGUUUUUUGGGUUACGAGUUUGGGGGGCUUAUAUUUGGAGGGGCUUAUACAUGGAGGGGCUUAUUUCGGAAUUUUACGGUAUCCUCUGGCUCAGCUGUAUAUUUGGCUUUUGGGUUUAGCGAAUAACACCCUCCCGGUGAUCCGCAUAACUCUGCCUCAUCCAAUAAUUGCUGUUUAUUCAAUGGUAUGAAUGAACCUUUUUUAACGAAAAAAUCUAAUUUCUAAAUGAAUAAUGUUCACUGAGGGUAUUCCGUUUUGGGUGACUUCGAAAUAGAAAUCAGCAGUAUAGUAACAACCAAUAGUUUUUUUUUCUUUUUCGGGCGUGGCAGUCUAAGAAGGGCUUUAUUCCACUCACCUUAAGUCUCCCUGAAAAAGAGCAUCUAAUUAAGUGUCAACAGGUGUCAACGGGUUUUCUUCCGCGGUUGAAAUCUUAACUGAAAACCUUAUUUUUCAGCCAAUAUUCAUCCCUUCGAGUUAUCGAGGGUAAAAUUGCAUGAAAGUGAUCUGAAGGGAAAAAAAAAUUACUUCGAGUUAGCGGGAGUUUCGAGUUAUCGAGGGUUCGAGUUACCGAGGAUAAAUUACAGUAAAUGAAAUUCAGUGGAAAUGGAUUCUGGUUCGAGGUAGUAUAAGGUUCGAGUUAGCGAGGGUUCGAGCUGGAGUCGACUGUAGUUCACUUAGCUUGUUCAACUUUGACGGCUUUUUAUGCUGAAAAGUAUACGUCGCGGGGAUUUCUUGGCCAAUUCCUUGAUUUUUUUUCUUGUUUUCCAACAGCUGUGACGGAAAUCCUCCCUCCAUUCUUCAUGAAUAGACCGACGAUCACUUCCUCCCGCUUUCCAGACCGUUUGCCAGGCACAGCGUGCAGUAGCCUGUUCCAGGCUCUCGAUAGUAGGGGUGGCACCGGCAAAAAUAAGGCAAAAAAGCGUAAGGCACCGGCAAAAAUAUAAAAGCGUGAUCUAGGAAAAAGGGGCGGUGGCGGGCUAUCUUUCAGCCUGGAACAGACGUUUCAUUGCACUUGGUUGCUUUCCCGCCAAAUUGUUAAAUCGGGAGUUUGUUUACAACGAUAUCCCGAUUAAACUGCUAUCCCCCUGCCAUAUCGUAAAAUCGAGCUUCCAUUUUAAUUUCAUAUUGGAAUUUUUUUUUUGAUCUAAAGGUAUCUGGUAACUAAAGAUUCUUUGAGAAAUAAUUUCGUUAUUUCUCUGCCAGGAAUACUUGGCCAGCAAAGGAUUCAUUCAUCGUGACCUGGCAGCCCGUAAUAUCCUACUUGGUGAGGACAGAGCGGUGAAGAUUGCUGAUUUUGGUUUGUUACGCCACGCAAAUGAGAGUGAAAUAUACGAAGUUACGAGCGUACACAAGCUACCAAUGAAAUGGAUGGCACCUGAAGCGUUCGAAAGCGGCAUUUUUACUUUCAAGACUGACGUGUGAGUAUAUGUUAACGAGGUCACAGUUAGGCCGAGCUUAGGCUUCCUGUGAUGCAGUGUAAAGUUGAGGUUUUAGAUAACAAAGACCCUGCAAUGUACUGUUUAGAACUGUCUGAAAAGAAAGAGCACAAUUUUGAUCAUGACACUGUCUACAGUAGCGGUUAUCACUCUAUCUCUAAAGAAAUACUCAAGUGUUUGGAAAACAUUAGCCUGUUCCAGGCGUGAAUCUUGAAAAUAAGACACAUAAACAGAAACUUUGAGCCGAUGAAGUUAAUCAGAGACCAUCUUGAAUCCUAGAUUCCAGGCUCCACAUCCCGCAUUCCAGAUACUAGAUUCCGGAUUCCAACUCAGUGUAUUCCAGAUUUCAAAAGGCCUAGAUUCCAGAAUUUCACAGUUAGCUGGAUUCCGGAUUCAAAGUCCAUGACUCCAAGCAAAAAUGUCCUGGAUUACCAUCCAUGGGGCGAGAUAAACAAAAUUGAUAUUUCUAUGAAGUUAAUUCUUGCAAUUUCUUUAUCUGCUUCCUUUUAUUGCAGAUGGUCUUUUGGAGUUGUUUUGUGGGAACUAGCCACCAUGGGUAAGCUGCUUUUAUAAAUCUUUGUAUACCUGAUGCUAGUAGAAUAAUACUCUAGUCAUUUUCCUAUACCCGAGGGAAUUGAGGGGAAUCCCCCGAGAAAGUAGAUAGAGAAAAAAUUACUGUUCUGUUUUAGGAUAGCAGUCACGGGAGAAUCGAACCGCUUUAUAAAAGAUGCUAUUCUGACAUAAUGUUGUGAUUGCUCACAGCUAGAAAAAAUAAUAGGCAAACUUCCGCCCUCUCCUUGCCGUCUUUUCCGGGGACGAGCGCAGGCUCAUAAUAAUUCAGCCUAUAAGUCAUACCCUUAACCACAACUUGACCUGAUAUCACGUGUCACUUGGCAAAAUGAAUACUCCGUAAUGGUAAACUUGUACAUUACGUUAUUUUAAUCCCUCCUGGAGGUUGGUAAAUUGAUAUUACAUGAUGGUCAUUGAACAAUUUGGUCUGAAAUCAUGCGCGUUAUUUCGAGCUCGAGUUCGAUUUGAGAUCAGAAGUAUGAUUUCAGACUAAAAUUGCACGACAUGAAGUUAAAUUAUCACUUUAUCACAGCCAUUUUGAAAUCGCAAAAUUCAGUCCGCACCAGCAGUGAUUGGCCGUGACACCAGACAAGUUAGCUCGUUAUCCCCCAUACUCGUUAACAUAUAUUCUGAAGCUAUGCUAAGAGAUGCUGGCGCUUUAAGUGGUGUGAAUGAAGGUAUUCAAGUGGGAGGUCAUCUCAUUAAGACAGUGAGUUUUGCGGAUGAUCAAGCAACCUUAGCCAGUUAAGUUAAAGGUCUGCAACUUAUGAUGGGUAAAAUGCAGGAAAGCGCGGGGGAAUAUGAUAUGAAGAUCAAUGUUAAGAAGACUAAGGUGAAGAAAAUCUGUAAGAGGCCUGGUGACGAAUUCACGAUCUUUCUUGAGGGUAAACAAUUAAGUCAAGAAUCGUCGCACUUUAACUACCUUGGGAGCCUCAUUACACAGGAUGGAUCCUGUUAAAAAUAAAUUAGAUCGAGAAUAGCCCGAAAACGCGUUUACUAAGAAAAAAGAACUGCUGACAAAAGCCUUCAGCGCGCUAGCCUUUGCCUGAAGAAGAGAAUUAUAGAGACUGUCAUCUGGGGUACUCUUCUGAAUGGAGUCGAAUGAUAGACCUUAAAGAAAGAGGACGUGCGAAGGCUGGAGAGCUGUGGGAUGUGGCUUUGGAGAAAGGUUUUAAACAUAUAUUGGUCUGACAAAGUCUGUAACGAAGAAGUAUUGAGGCGUGACGGUGAGGAGAGUGCCAUCAUAUCUGUUAUCAACAGAAGACAGAGAGUCUGGCUUGGUCAAACCCUACGACAUGGUGAUCAUGUCUCAUUAGUUAUUGAGGGAAGAAUACCAGGAAAAAGACCACCUGGAAGACCUCAAGCGGAAAUGCUGGAUGGAGUGAAGGAUGGCAGCUUUUACGUAGCGGUCAAAAUGCGUGCCUUAAAUCGAGAACUAUAAGGAAGGACCUGCCUGUGGGCAGAUCAAAUAGCCUGUUGAAAAGCGGAAACAAAAGGGCUUUUUCAUCUCAUUUGUAUUCGAAAAAGAAAUGAUGCGAUAUAAAGCAAGGUGCGACGGUGCAACAGGACAAGAGUAAACUUAUUAUACCUUGGAAUCAGGGAUAAUCAUUGGAACUAUGUUAACUUUUAGACCUUGGAAACACAUUGCAAUUAAUUUUUAACCGUAUUAAAAGCAUCUUGGAAUAUUAAACUUUCAUCUUGGAUUAAAACAUUGGAACUUUAUCGAACUUUGUAACCCUGGGUUCGACCCUGGAUAAAGCAAGCGGAUGUUUUGUUUUGUUUUGUUCCAUUAACCUAGAUAGAACGCCAUUAUGCUUCCAUAGACCAACGCAUCCCACGGAAACGACUUUAGGCGUCUUGUUGAGGGAAGAAUACCUGGAAAGAGACCACCUGGAAGACCUCGAGCGGGAAUGCUGGAUAGAGUGAAGGAUGGCAGCUCUUACGUAGCGGUCAAGAGGCGUGCCUUAGAUCGAGAACCAUAAGGAAGGGCUUGCCUAUGGGCAGAUCAAAUAGCCUGUUGAAAAGCGAAAACAAAAGGACUUUUACAGCUCAUUUUGUAUUCGAAACAGAAAUGAUGCGAUGUCAAGCAAAGGUGCGACGGUUCGACGUGGUUUAGAACAGAUGUGAUUGUGUGAUUCGUAAAUAAAUCACUCUGCUGAGAGCUAAUCAGAUUGCAGGGAUCACCAGCGAUUUCAAAAUGAAAAAUUAGAAAAGCCUGAUAAUCUUUGAUAAGACAGCAUUGAUCUUUAUUUUUUUUAUUUUAGGGGGCAGACUCCAUACCCUGGGAUAAGCCCUAUGAGGCUAUGCAGUUUACUUAAAUCUGGAUAUCGGAUGGAGAAACCCAACACGUGCAGCGAUGAAAUGUAAGUCAGAAUAGAAAUAAUAAAAGACGCCCGAAAAGAGGUACGAUGAAGAAAUACUUUCAUAGUCCUUCAAACAGUUUUUUUUUUUCUAAAAUUGUCAGCCUUUUCCAAGGAGUGGAAACUGCAGCGCACCUCUUUCCUUUACGUUGCCCCAUUCUAAAAGAGCCCAUAGAACAUAAGUGUCUUCAAUAUUCAAAGUAAACGGAGACAUAUCUUUGUGUAGUGGUAUUUUAAACUAUGGCUUCCUUUUUCAACAGAUACAAAUUGAUGAUGGACUGCUGGAAGGAGGAUCCAAAUGAACGACCCUCAUUCGUUCAACUAAUACCGAUACUGGAAGAGAUGAUGACAGAAGAUACCCUUACUAUUAUUUCAGACUCCUGGAUCAGAACCAGCCAUGUUACCGUGAGGCAUCCGCCACUAACACCAGUAAAAGCUAGUACUCUUGAUACGAAGCUGUAA